GUUAUCUCCCUUGGAGUGGCCUAUAAUUCUUUUAUAGUAUUCAAAAUGGCGAAGGAACCUUUGGUGAACAACUUUGAAGUCCCGUCCUGGGCUGGUAAGCCUCCAUCAGGACUCCAUCUCGAUGUUCUCAAAGAAGGAAAAAUGAUUCAGAAAUUAAUGAUUGAUGAGAAAAAAUGCUACUUUUUUGGCCGCAACAAACAGCUGUGUGACUUCUGCAUCGACCAUGCUUCCUGUUCUCGUGUUCAUGCUGCUUUAGUGUGGCACAAACACCUCUCUAGACCUUUCAUCAUGGAUCUUGGCAGCACACAUGGUACUUUUAUUGGUCACAUACGGUUGGAAUCUAAAAAACCCCAGCAAGUUCCUGUCGACAGUGAAAUCCACUUCGGUGCCUCAACUCGUAUAUACAUUAUUAGAGAGCGUCCACAACCUGUUAGUAACCUUAGUGGUCCUGAAGAACUCGAAAAAAGGAAUGAUGACAUUGAGGGUGGACUUUUAGGUCUUCCAGAAUCAGAAACAGAACUCGAUAACUUAACAGAAUUCAAUACAGCUCACAACCGUAGAAUAGCAUCACUUGUAGACAUACCUGACCACUCAGUACCAAAUCCUUUGAAAAGGAAGCGAAAAAGUGGUCAUGUUUUAUUCAGAGAUGAAGAUGAAAUAAUCAAUCCCGAGGAUAUCGACCCAAGUAUUGGUAAAUUCCGGAAUCUUGUGCAGACAACUAUUAUUCCUAGCAAGCGAAACAAAGUUGAAUCCAGCACAGGUUCUUCAAAUAUGGGAGUGGAACCGGUAAAACGCUCAGCUAAUUUUCCAUUCAAUGCUCCCAGUUUGUAUGGUGAUCUUCCUCCAGGUGGCACCAGCGAUGGCCAAAGCGGCAUGGGAAGUUCCUACAGCAUAGCAGCCAAACUUGGCCUACCAAUUCCGAACUUGGCGCCAAGUCUUGAAGAAGAAGAAACAGUGGUGCCAGUAGUGAAAGCAAACCCAGUGGUUAUGAAUCCAGAAGAGGCAGCCAAGGAACCAAAGAAGAAGAAAUAUGCAAAGGAAGCGUGGCCGGGCAAAAAGCCGUUGCCAACAUUGCUUGUGUAGAGACUAUAGUGUGUGCAUGUAUGUACGUAUGGCCUGUAAAAUAUAUGUGUCUGUUUUUGUUCUGUGUGUGUGAGUCUGUGUUGGUCUUAUGGACAACGGACGGACAGACAGACAAACUGACAGGCUACUGCUAUUUUGGCACUGUGAGCUAUGUUGUUGUUGAUGUUGUUGUUGUGGACAGUGCUGUUCCUCUUAAUAUUCCUGCAGUAACUGCACCAGCUCCUACUGCUCCACAAACAGAACUCUGUGUGUGUGUGUGUGUGUGUGUGUGCUAGGCACUAAGUGUAUGUGUGUGUGAGAGAGAUAGAGAGAGAGAGAAAGCGAUAGAGAAUGAAAAAGCUCACUUGGAACUGUUCCCUGAACCACUCUGUAACUGCUGCACCUGUUACUACUGCUACUACUACUACUACUACUACUACUACUUUUACUCUUGCUACUACUACUACUACUACUGUUACUGUUCCUACUAAUAUUACUACUACUACUACUAUUUACCAUUGUCCGUGAGCUUCUCUGAUACAACCAACUGUAUCGAUGAUACCAAUACGUCCACCCCUCCUUCCGACGACUGUUGUCAACAACCUCACCACUACCAUCACCACCACCACCACCACCACUACCAUCAACAUUGACAGUACUUCUACCACAACUGUUAUUAGUUGCAACUACUAUACUGUUUUCACCACCACCACCACCACCACUGCAACUACUAGUACUUAUCCUACUUUUACCAGCACUACCACCAUUCAGAGUUACACUACCUCUGUUAUGUCUACUAAAUCAACCACCACCAUCACCACUACCACUACCACUACUACUACUACUUAUGUAAUCAUAGUUGUUACUACUUUUACUACAUCCACUCCCGUCAACAUCGGUAUCCAUUCUUUCCUAACUCCAUCACCACCACCACCACCACCACCACCACCACCGCCGCCAUCAUCAUCAACACUACCACCAACACUACGACGAUUACAGCUGCUGUUGCUCAGUGUGUGUCAUUACAAGCUGUGUACUACUUUAACCCAUACUGUAAAUUUUGCAUAAAGAAAAAAGAUGUAACUACAGAUUUUUAUACAGUGCUUGUACAUAUGGUUAUUUAUAUACAUGUAUGUGUGUGUGUGUGUGAGUGUGUGUACAUACGGUUCAUGUACAUGUAUGCGUACUUAAGUAUAUGCAUGUGUAUGUGUGUAAGUAUACAUGUGGUUACAGUGAAAUGUAUGUGAUGACAUCAGUGUAUGCCUGAGAACUCGUAAGCAUCUCUAUAUGUGUGUACACUUACAAUAAUAUAGGCGUUGUCACGCAUAUGUAUGUGUUUGUGAAUGCGUGCACGUGUACUUCUAUCUACAUGCGUAUAUGCCUAUGUUCAUAUGUAUGUAUGAGAGAGUACUCAAUAAUCGUAGAGUUUAUAUAAUUUAUUUAUAGUAACAGAUUGAAGCUUCAGUUUCAAAUAAUUGAAUGUGUGUGUGUGUAUGUGUGCACAUAUGCAUCUGUGUGGGUUUGAAGAUAUGUGUGUGUGAACUUUUGAAUGUGCAGUUGUAUGUUUUGGAUAUGUACGUGUAUUGUGAGCUAGGAAGGUUUGUGUAAGAUUGCUUGUGAAAGCAUAUUUGUAGCAGCCAAAAUGUUUGCCUCCGAGAGGAAGAGUGUGUUUUUGUUUUAGUUUUUAUUUUUAUUUUUCAUUUGUACUGAUUUUUGUUUGAGGAGUGAACUGGUCUGCCUGGAGGCAAGACAGACAAGCAAUGGAAGGAAGUUAGGCAAAGAAAGGUUAAAAAAAAAAGAGAGAGAGUGAGACAAGGAGUGGAAUGGAGAGAAGUGCUGAGAAGAGAAAGCGACACUAUACAUCUGAAUGUAUAAAUAGACAACUACAAACCUGUCUCAAGUCAUGCUCAUAUUUAUAUG